CUUUGCCUUUUGAACCCUUUGACUUCGUCCAUUGGAUCUCUUUUAUCGCUUGAAUUUUCCACCCAUUGUACACUGUAGUUGGAAAAAAGGCUCGCAAAGUUGGUGGAUUGCAUGAGCAGCCGACUUCCACUGAAAUUUCAGAGAAAAAUCAAUCGAAUGUUAGAUGGGUUUGAUGUUUUUUCAACUAUCACAUUAACAUCACACAUAUAAAACGCAUAAAAAAUUCCUUGUUCUCUCAUGGUGAAAUUCUAAAUGGAAGCCGAAGUGAGACGCUGAUAAGUGAAAGAGAAAGACAUUGGAUUACAAACAAGGAACGACAGAAGUCCUCUUGUCUGACUUUUCUUCGUAUGAACUAUAGAUAGUGGAAACUAACCUACACCGUACGGAACCCAAAUUUCCCUGUAAGCAUGUCCUUAAAAUAAUAUCAAGAUCACUAAGAUCAUUAAAGUUUAGUUAUUCCCUGCCAAGAAGGCAAGACAACCACGAGAAUGAAGACUUCAGCAUCUCCUCGUUUUCCUUCUUUCUUCACUGUUGCCUUCUUUCUGCUCUUUUCUUCGUCAUUUUCUGAGACCCGGAACUUUCUUCCUAGAGGCUCCUCUCUAUCUGUAGAAGACGAUUCAGACAUCCUCACCUCACUAGAUCAAACUUUCACUUGUGGGUUCUAUGGGAUGGGAGAUAAUGCUUGUUGGUUCUCUAUUUGGUUCACGAAUUCUAAGGAGAGGACUGUUGUAUGGAUGGCUAACAGAGACAGACCUGUAAAUGGUCAGGGAUCAAGAAUUUCUUUGCGGCCCGAUGGUGCCAUGGUUCUAACUGAUGUUGAUGACUCCACCAUAUGGGAGACCAACACCACCUCCACUGAUGUUAGUAGAGCAGAGCUUUUGGAUACUGGGAACCUUGUUCUGAAAGAUACUCGUGGUAAAAUUCUGUGGCAAAGCUUUGAUUUUCCUACUGAUACACUUCUUCCAAAUCAGUUCUUCACAAAAAGCACAAAGCUGAUUUCUAGAUUGGGUCGAGGGAUGUAUUCUUCUGGGUACUUUAAUUUCUUUUUUGAUAAUAAUAAUGUUCUAACAUUGAUGUACGAUGGGCCUGAUAUUUCCAGCAUAUACUGGCCUGAUCCAGACUUCGGUGUGUUCGGUAGUCAUAGAACAAACUAUAAUAGCAGCAGAGUUGCUGUUUUUGACGAAAUGGGUAACUUCUUAUCAAGCGAUGAGUUUCAAUUCAGUGCCUCUGACAUGGGCUUUGGAAUCAUCAGGAGACUAACCAUGGAUUAUGAUGGGAAUCUCAGGCUUUAUAGCCUUAACAAUGAGACAGGAUUGUGGGUGACAACGUGGGAAGCUAUGUUGGAGCAAUGUAAAGUGCAUGGAAUCUGUGGGAGAAAUGCGAUUUGUGUGUAUACACCAAAGCCCAAGUGUUCAUGUCCUCCUGGCUAUGAGGUCACUGAGCCUGGUAAUUGGCAUAAAGGCUGCAAGCCCAAGUUUAAUCAAACCUGUUCGCAGGAGUUGACAUUUGUGCAAGUAGGGCAGGUAGAUUUUUAUGGAUUUGAUCUCAAUUAUACUCAAUCUAUUUCAAGAGACACUUGCUCAAAAUUCUGCUUGGAAGAUUGCCGGUGCGUAGCAUUCAGUUAUAGGCUAUCAGGGGAUGGACGUUGUUACAUAAAAAGUGCACUUUUCAAUGGUUACAAGUCUCCAAAUUUUCCAGGAAGUAUAUAUCUAAAAGUGCCAGCGAGUGUGGGGAGAUAUGAAUCGGCAAUUCUCAGUGGAACCAAUCCCAUAUGCGGGUCUAAUGAUUCUACAAUCAUGAUGGGGCUUCCUUCUAUGUAUGACACUAUCAGUAAGAAGGUGAAAUGGGUUUAUCUCUAUUGGUUUGUUUCUGCCAUUGGCGUUAUUGAAAUACUCAUAGCAUCAGCUGGGUGGCUGCUUUUUGGAAGGCAUGGCGUGCCAGAUUCUGUGGAAGAAGGCUAUUGUGCAAUAACAAGUCAAUUUAGGAAGUUUCGUUACGCUGAGCUGAAGAAGGCGACCAUGAACUUCAAGGAAGUGCUUGGAAGGGGAGGAUCUGGAGCUGUAUAUAAAGGGGUUUUAGCAGAUGAAAGGGUGGUGGCUGUGAAGAGAUUAGAAGGAAUAUCAUAUCAAGGCGAAGAUGUGUUCUGGGCAGAAGUGAGCACCAUUGGACAAAUCUAUCACAUGAACUUGGUGAGAAUGUGGGGUUUCUGUGCAGAGGCCAGUCACAGACUCCUAGUUUACGAGUACAUGGAACAUCAGUCCCUGGACAAGCAUCUCUUCUCUCGAAGCUCUCUUGGGUGGAAAGAAAGAUUCAAAGUUGCUUUGGGGACAGCUAAGGGCUUGGCAUAUCUUCACCAUGAGUGUCUAGAAUGGGUAAUACAUUGCGAUGUGAAGCCUGAAAAUAUACUCCUACACACUGAAUUUGAGCCCAAGAUUUCUGAUUUUGGUCUUGCCAAACUGUCCAAUAGGGGUGGCAGUAACUCUGAAUUAUCUCGUAUUCGAGGAACAAAAGGUUACAUGGCUCCAGAAUGGGCAUUAAAUCUUCCAAUCACAGCAAAAGUUGAUGUUUAUAGCUAUGGAGUUGUGAUUCUAGAGAUAGUGAAAGGAAUUAGGCUUUCAAAUUUGAUAAUAGAGGAUGGUGAGGCGCAAGAAUCAGAGUUGACGAGGUUUGUGAGAGUGGUGAAGCCCAAAAUUAAUUGCAAAGAAGAGUCAUGGAUAGAGGAAAUAGUGGAUCAAAGGUUAAAUGGGGAAUAUAGCAGAAGACAGGUAAUGAAAAUAGUAGAAGUUGCGAUAUGUUGCGUGGAAGAAGACAGAGAUCAGAGACCAACCAUGGAUUCAGUAGUUGAAGCUUUAUUGGAAUGUGAAGAUGAGUCUAAAAUUCACUCCCCCUAUGCUCAGUAAUUGCAUGCAUUUUCUGUAAUUGUUUUUUUAAGCGGGUUAAUUUUUCGAGAUCUUACAUUGCUUAUCAGUACAUAUAGAAUACAUAAUUCAGCAUGUUCUGAAAAAAUUAUUAUGAUAUUAUUAAGAAGUGUACCGCCUUUAUGCAUCAUUGCAAACAUUCAUAUAAUAAUCCUAUUAAAAUUGCAUUUAA